CGGCAACGAUUUGUAUUGAUGUGACCAAAGGCGAGUGAGGUGGAGGCUGACCCGUGGGCGGUCACACUGCGCAAUACCGUAGGGCAAAGUUUGCCUGCUCUGAUCUGCCGCUGGUGACUGAGGACUGCUGUGUGCGGCGUGAACCAGGGCUGAGCGCAGCUCGGGCGGUGCGUAUGUCCAAUAUUAUCUUCAAUGAACGCUGCCGUGUAACCGCCGUGUUUCACAACGUACUCUCCGGCGCGGGCCUCUGCCUGUCCACUGCACCGAUCCUAGCCAUGGGUGGGAGUCUGGGUUGCCACCGCUCCAUCCCCAAAGACCCCACUGAUUUCAGCUGCGGCAAGCGCAAAUUCAGCGCCGCCUGCAACUUCAGCCACAUUCUGGUGAACCAAGAGCGGCUGAACAUUAACAUCGCCACCGAGGAGGAGCUCAUGACUCUGCCGGGAGUUAAUCGCACAGUUGCGCGGAAUAUCGUGCAGUACCGGGACUGUAUCGGUGGCUUUAAAAAGGUGGAGGACCUGGCGCUGGUAAGCGGGGUCGGGGCCACCAAGCUGGAGGUGAUCAAACUGGAAAUCUGCGUUUCCAGUAGGACCAGUUCUUCCCAACACUCUCCGUCGUCACUGCGCAAAGACUUGGACUCUCAGCUCUACACCGGCAUGAACAUCAACACCGCCACCCCGGCGCAGCUCAUGAGCAUUCGAGGAAUCACGGAAACGAUCGCAAAGAACGUGGUUUCGUAUCGCGCGCAGCACGGCCCGUUUAAAAGCAUCGAGGACCUGGUGAAGGUGAAACACAUCAACAGCUCGCUGCUCGACAAGAUCCGGUUCCAAGUUUUCGUGGAGCGCUCCCGGGCACCGUCCACCAACACGAACGCGGGGCUCCCCGGCACCACCAAGUGUCACCCGAGCCCCUCUUCCUUUAGUCUGGGCAGCGACGACUUGGACCUCCCACCUGGAGGCCCGACCCAGAUCGUCUCUGUGCGGCCGAAGGUGGAUCGCCCGCUGGGGCUCCGGGACGGGAAGUCCGUAGUGCGCGUGGCCACCUGGAGCCUGCAGGGCUGCUCGUGCGACAAGGCUAACAACCCGGGGGUCAGGGAGGUGGUGUGCAUGACCCUGCUCGAGAAUGAUAUCAAGUUACUGGCAGUGCAAGACCUGCUGGAGCACGAGGCUAUUGAUAAGUUCUGUGCAGAAUUAAAUCAAGGAACACUUGCCAGUUUACAGAAGUGGAAAUGGCCACGAGGGCUGUGGAAAAGCAUCGUGUCGGAAAAACCCACCGGACAUUCCAGCAAGGGAGUGAGCUACUCCGGCUUUUUGUGGGACAGCUCCUCAGGAGUUGAUCUGAAGGAUGUCGUCGUCUUGGAGUCUCCUGUCAAUGGAAAUGGGAGUCAUGUACACCAUCCACUCUAUGUGGCUCACUUUUUAGUAAGGCUAUCAUUUAUUGUCAUUGAAUUCAUGUUGUUUAAUUUUAUUUCUAUGGCACCAAACCCACCAACAGCUGUCUCAGAUUCCAAGUGUCUCCUGACUGUUCUUGUGUCCUUUCUUCUCACAGGCCACUGCAUGGUAGUUCGGGAAGGCUUAACUAACCCCUGGAUCCCUGAUAACUGGUCAUGGGGGGGUGUGGCCUCCGAUCACUGCCCUGUGUUUGCAGAAUUUUAUGCAGACCUACCUCCUAAGGAGCUUAGCAGACCCGGUAUGGCAGCGGUGGACAGGGGGGACAUUGUGCCCAAACAUGAGCGGUGACAUCAGCUGCAGCAAAGACAGAACUGAAUGAAGAUUUUAACCUAUCAGGAUCCUGCUUUAUCUCGCUUUGCUGUGGCGCAGUUUCCUACUGAAUGUGAACAAGUGCCACGAUUGCCUUUUGGGUUUCAGGUUAUCAAUGGAAAAUCGUAAAUGAGAAAUAUUCAAGCCAUAACAAAUGUUUAGACAAAAAUAUGAUGUAUUUUAAAAGAAAUGUGCCAAACAUUUUAUAUAUGUAUAGAAAUAAAAAUGAAUUGAUAGAU